CUAAUUUAAAACCAGUUUCUUUGACAUUCACUACUUCGUGCCAUAGCGUACUCUUCGUAACAAAUGCUGAGGAAAACAAUAUGAAUAUUAAUUUAAAAGACUUUCCUCUUUCGAUUCACAACUCAACCGUGCAGCACGUGACGCGAUAUUGUUUCAGUAAACCAUUUUAACUUAUUUAUAAGAGUAGGAAUAUUAGAGUAGUAAAAUAUAAAAUUUGUAAAGAAUUUCGUGCACACAUGUAAACAUCAGUGCUACGAGACGACACUAAAGUUAUUGUCUAAAGUGAACUCUAUCGAAGUUAGUUUUAUUCGGAUUGCUAAGUGUUUAAAAUGGGUGAAUACAAAGUAUCAACACGUACGUGUAUAUGGGCAAUAUUUAUAAUUGGAGGCAUAACUCUUGUAUCUGCAGCACCAUCGGCAAUCAUAUCUUGGCAGCCUGAUAAAGACGAUCCAGACCGAUGUCAUCCAACCAUCAUCGCACACAGGGGCGCGAGCGGAUAUGUUCCCGAACAUACUCUAGGUUCAUACGCUCUAGCUGUCAUAAUGGGAGCCGACUACGUUGAGCCUGAUUUAGUUAUGACUAAGGACGGUCAUCUCGUAGCACGACACGACAAUGAGCUCGGAUUAACCACUAAUGUCGCAGAUCAUCCAGAAUUUGCUGAUCGACACCGAAAUCAAACCGUCGACGGAAAUCAAAUAAGCGGUUGGUUUACAGAAGACUUCACCCUAGCUGAAAUAAAAACUCUUAGAGCCAUCGAACGAAUUCCAAAUAUACGACCGGGCAAUGCACGUAUGAAUGACGUGUUUAAGAUCCCAACAUUCCAAGAAAUUAUUGAUCUUGUUAAGAGUUUACAGAUCAGUCAAAAGAGGACCAUUGGUUUAUAUCCAGAAAUUAAACAUAGUAGUCAUUUUAAGAAAUUAGGAUUACCCAUGGAACAGCGUCUAGUGGAUACAUUCCAUUCAAAUGGCUAUAGAGGAUUGAAAGCCCCUGUGUAUAUCCAAUCAUUUGAAGUCGAAAAUUUAAAGCAAUUGAAGGAAAUAACGGGCCUUCGUUUGUUACAAUUAUAUGAAAGCGACAAGUCCCUUCAACCUGCCGAUCAAGUUAUACUUGGAACUAAUCUCACUUACGGCGAUAUGGCGACUCCAGAAGGAUUACAAGAAGUUGCUAAAUAUGCAUAUGCUGUUGGACCAGAUAAAUCGUUUAUUAUUCCUCGUAAAGAAGAUAACACACUCGGAGAACCGACAAGUUUUGUCAACGAUGCGCAUGCAGCAGGUUUAAAAGUACACCCUUAUACCUUCAGAGCAGAAAACACUUUUCUGCCUAAAGAAUUUCAAAGUGAUGACCCAGAACUUUCUGCUAGAGGAGAUUUAGUAGGGGAAUUACGAGCAUACAUCGCGGCGGGUAUUGAUGGUUUAUUUUCAGACCAACCUGAUAUACCAGUUAGUAUUAGAGAAAAUUGUUAGUAAUAUUUUAGGUGACUCUAGCAUAAGUAGAUAUAAUUCUAUGUUAUUAUAAAAUAAAAACAUUGAAUUAAA